AUGAAUAAAUUUUUUCCACUACUUGUUUGUGUAAGCUUAAUUUUUUUUUUUUUUAAAUUAUCAAUCAACGCUAAGAAAAUAUUUAAGAAAAAUAUAAAAAAUAAACCAUUCAUAUUAAAAAAGUCUAACAAUAUAAAUGGAAUUUAUUUUAUUAAUACAAAAUUAAAUAAAAUAGAAAAUAAAAAAAAUAAAAAAAAUAAAAAUAAAAAAAUGAAAUUAUUUUGUGAUCAUAAUGAUAAUGUCAAUAUAAUGGAACAACAAAAUAAUAGUGUAAAUGUAUCUAAGGAUAACAGUUCAUUUAUUUUUUCGAAUCGUAAGAAGUUAACAAACUUACUUCUAAUAGUUAAUUAUGAUGGUACGAAUUAUAACGGUUGGACAGGAUUAGAAAAUAGUAGUGAAGUAUAUUUGAAUGCUCUACAAAAUUAUAAAAAUAAAAAAAAAACAGAGCGUCAAAAAAAUAUCGAAAGAAAAAAAUAUAGUACUGUUCAGAAUAAUAUUCUGGAUUGUAUAUUAAAAUUACAUGGGUAUAAAUAUAUUCACAAUAAUAAUAAUAAUAAUAAUAAUAAUGAGCAUAUUUGUAAUACUUAUAAAGUUGGUGUUACAAAUAAUUAUAAUAGUGCUCAUCAUAAUGAUUAUAAUCAAAAUAAUGUAAAUGGUAUUAUAAAUAAUAAACCUUUUGAAUUUAUAGGAGUUAGUAGAACGGAUAAAGGUGUACAUGCGAAAGAAUAUAUUUGUCAAUAUAUAUCAUAUGAAAAAGAACCACCAUGUGAUGGUGAUAUGGAACACAUAAAAAGAUCAUUGAACAGUCUAUUAAAUAAAGAUAUAAAAAUAUUAGCUGUCCUAGAAAGCCCACAUGAUCAUUUCAAUAUUAGAUUUCAUAAUUCUGGAAAAAUUUAUACUUAUAAUUUAGAUAUUAGAAAUCCUAGUCAACCCUUAGAAAGAAAUUAUGCGUGGCAACUUUAUGACGAUCCAAGGUUUUUCUUCCUAUCAAAAAAAACAAAUAAACAUAAGAAGGAAGGAACACGGAAUAGUAUACAUAAUGCACAACAGAUCUGUACAACACCAGGAGACAAAAAUGGUAUGAAGGCCUUAUAUAUAGCUAACAAAAAAGAAGAAGAUUUAAAAUAUAUUUAUGAUGAUGAGUUAAGUCUUCUCUUUGACGAAAAUUAUAUUCCUAAUGGAACAUAUGAUGACGAAAUUUUGUCAGAUGAGAAAAAAAAUUGUUUAGGUUGUGACAAUAUAUGUACUAAUCAUAUAUCUAGUAGUAAUAUAUCUACUAAUCAUAUAUCUAGUAGUAAUAUAUUAAAUAAUCAUAUAUCUAGUAGUAAUAUAUUAAAUAAUCAUAUAUCUAGUAGUAAUAUAUCAACUAAUCAUAUAUCUAGUAGUAAUAUAUCAACUAAUCAUAUAUCUAGUAGUAAUAUAUCAACUAAUCAUAUAUCCCAUAGUAAUGAUCCUCCCUCUUUUUACCAUAAAAAUAUAAAAAGUUCAUAUAACGACAUAAGCCACAGCAUGAAGAUAAUAAAUAAAGAAAAAGAAAUAAGGUCAGUAAUACCAUGUGAUAUUAAUAAAAUAAAAGAAUGUGCCAAGUUAUUUAUCGGACAUCAUAAUUUUGAAUGUUUUCGUGGAACCUUAAAAGGAACAGAGAAAUUAAGAAAAAUCAAUACUUUCUGCACGAUUCAUUUUUUAGAUGUAUAUGAGUUAAAAAAUAAUUUAUAUCAAUUUGUUAUACAAGGGGAUCGAUUUUUAUAUCAUAUGAUUAGAAUUAUUGUAGGUACACUAGUCCAAGUAGGUGUUGGUCUUUUAAAUAUAGAAGAUGUAAGAGAUGCAUUACAUUUAUGUAAGCCUCUUAAAGUUAAAUUGUGUGCACCUUCGCAAGGGUUAUGUUUGAAUAAAAUAUUAUUACAAGAGCCACUGGAUAAAUUAAUAGGUUCGGCUUUAAUAUCAAAUUGA